CAAGCUUAUACUUUUGAGCCAUAACUAUCCAACCAAUCCAGGAGGUACCAGGAUAAGUGAAUCCGGGCUUCCGAUUGCGUUGCGCGUGUUUUUAUUUCACAACGCAUCUAGCCCAAGCUUGUAAAUGCUCAUAACGCUGUUGAUUAGAAGGCAUUAGAGCAAUGCAUCGAAAUUCAGGUACAUGUGUCUCCGAUCAGCUAUUUUUGGGCUAUGUCUAAGAAGUUCACAAUGUGAUUAUAAAAACGUGUUCCUUCCCCUUACGUUCAGACACUGCUCACCCAUCGAUCACCAUGUUUCUUCAGGUUUUAAGAGAUUCGUUCUGGGGAAACAUUAUAUACCUUGUCUCGGGCAAAAGAGUCCUUAGAUACCGAGAAGAACCUUACGCUGAUCUUCUCCAAGAAAAGAACAUGCUUGAGGCUAAACUCAACUCUAAGUAUAUUGCCGAAACAUUCGAUGAAGUUGAUAUUCCGGACCAGCAAUUGUCGACAGAUUCAUCGGUUUCAACUAUUCCAUCUGAUGCCAAUAUUUUGGCACAAGACAGUCAAAUUCUUAUCCAGUGGGAAGGCGAUGAUGAUCCAGAUAAUCCAUACAAAUGGCCAGUUUGGUAUAAAGUCAUCUUUGUCACCCAGAUUACUCUCCUCACUUCUUCUAUAUAUAUGGCCGGAGCCAUAUACAUGCCCAGUGUGGAGCAAUUGAUGGUGCACAUGAAUACCACUAGAUUAAAAGCUAGCUUGCCUUUGACUUGCUUCACUUUUGGUUACGGUGUAGGCCCCAUGGUUUUCAGUCCCUUAUCAGAAAACGCACGUUUCGGAAGAACGUCCAUUUACAUUGUUUCGUUGUUCCUCUUUUUUGUGUUCCAAAUCCCCUGUGCAUUGGCAACAGACAUAACAACUUUGUCCACCUUGCGGUUUUUUGCCGGCUUUUUUGCAAGUCCCGCAUUGGCUACUGGUGGUGCCAGUAUUGGCGAUAUUGUCACUACUCCAUACAUGCCCAUGGCUUUAGCAUGCUGGGCAGCUGGCGCUUUUUCGGCUCCUUCGCUAGGGCCUUUUAUUGGCGCUGCCCUCAUUACUAGAGGCGGAUAUCAUUGGCCAUACUGGUUUAUCACUAUUGUGUCGGGUUCCAUACUACUAUUCUAUGGAUUCUUUCUCCCUGAGUCUUAUGGAAAAACUAUCUUGUACAGAAAGGCAUCAAGAUUGAGGUCAAUUACUGACAACAGUAAUAUUACCAGCGAGGGACACCUUGAUAACGAGCUGCAUUCUAUCAAAGAUGUGAUUAUGUACGCAGUGUGGCGCCCUUUGGAGAUCGUCAUGUUUGAGCCCGUUGUUUUACUCAUGGACAUAUACAUGGGCUUCAUAUAUGCCAUCAUGUACAUGUGGUUUGAGGCAUUUCCUAUUGUCUUUGAACUAAUGAAUGGCUUCAGCACUUUAGGUAUAGGUGCAAGCUCUCUCUGUCUCACUACAGGUCUUGUGAUUAGUGUCUGUUUUCAUCUCCCUGUUAUCUACUUCAAGACCACUCGCAAAUUAGUGAAAGGCGAAAAUGUUGAGCCCGAGGUCUACCUUCCCAUGUGCAUCUUCGGAAGCUGCUUCAUGCCUAUCGGCAUGCUUAUCUUUGCAUGGACCGCCACGCCAACACUUCACUGGAUAAUUCCUAUGAUUGGUGCGGCAACAUUUUUGUUUGGGGCCUUUAUUGUCUAUCAGACCUUGUCCAACUACAUUGGUAUGUCAUUCCCUUCAGUCUUGGCUUCGGUAUAUGCUGGUAAUGGCUUCUGUCGCUCUAUGAUGGGAGGUGCUUCACCUCUAUAUGGAAGGGCCAUGUUUACAAAUUUGGGCACGAAGAAUUACCCUGUAGCUUGGGGAACCACACUUUUGGCAUGCAUUACAUCGGCAUUGGUACUUGUACCUGUUUAUUUCUAUAUUCGAGGCCCCAAAUUGAGGGCAGAUUCGAAAUACUCUGGCUGAGAAUCAAAUACUGGUUCAAAGCUCUUUCCUUAUAGCUGACUGGAUUCAGCUAUAUAUCUGUAUAUAUAUUAUAGAUAUAUCAUUUGAGAUCAUAUUCUACUACUUUUUUGAAAUAAGUCUCGUU